AUGUCUUUAGCCAGAGCGUUUACGACCCGCCGGGCCAAGGUCUUUGGAGGCGGCGACUCAGAGGGCAAGCCUGUCAGGAGCCAUACUGUCAAGACGUCUCUCAGCGGUCCCAUUCGAAGCAAGAUCUCGGGACCGGUCGAGCUGAUUCACACUACGAACAUGCUCUCUUACAACGCCCCGGAUAUUCAAAAAGAGCCCAAGACUGCCACAUCAACGUCGUCUUCUUCACUCCGGUCCGACGGGAGUUCCGACCACUUCCCGACUGGGGCGUCUUCACCUCUUACAAGCCCAGAUUCGCCUUUCCCUCAUGACGACAAAGACGCCAAACCGUCCUCUGCUGCCGAGCCGAACCACCUUUCAUGCUACUUCACCCUGCCUGGCCAGUCUUCCGUGCCUACACCAGAGGUGCCGGUCAUCCCAAAGCGUUCGCCCUCGCACACAAAGAGAUCCUAUGAGCCUUUGGCUCGAAGGCCGUCCGUCUCGAGACUCGCAGAGUCAAAAUCCCAUGAGCCCCUCGGCCGCAAGCCUUCUGUGUCGAGACUUUCAGAGCAAUCCAGCCGGACCGUUUCAACCAAGGGCAGCUUCAGCUUCUCUCGGUCAUCAUCCGCCUCAACCAGCACGACGGCUAGCAGCCACCACUCGAUCGGCGGACACCAAGCUCCCAAAACCUCGCACAUGGCGCCUCCACCUGUCCCUGCUGCGCUGUCCACAUCUGCGGCAGCUCAGCACCACAAGGAGCCUGCCGCCGCCAGCGACUCGUCUCACCCGUUCGGCCAAGAGCUGGCACAGGUGACAGAGCUGGCCGAGGAGUAUGCCUCCGCGGCAGCCGACAAGAAGCGCCCUGCGGCGUCAAAGGAGGAGCAGGAGCUAGCAAACCUCGGCCUCAAGAAGUUCACUCCGGAGGACUACAUCUCUGAGAUUCAGGGACUCUUUGCUACAUUCUUCAACGAGACGAGGCAUGCGAGGGCUCCGGCACCCCAGUGGAUUUGA